AUGACUGCUCUUCGUAACAAAUCUGUUCGUUAUUUAUUUUUGUUUCAUUCUCAUAUCUUUGCAUCUGUACUUCUUCGUCCCAACAUUGAACAUUUUACUAAACAAUUUAUUCUCAGUUAUACUAUGAUCACGAUUGAUGAUGAUACUGAAGAUCUAAAUCGAAAUGCUCCUAUUGAACUGAUCAAUCUUGAUGCGUCGAUAACAACCGACGAUACAUCAACAAAUCGUCGACGACGUUCAUCAUCGACGUCAUCGCAAGAAACUGAAACAUUACCAAGACCAAUAACGUCAUCCAAUAAGCGAAUCAAAACUAAAUUGAACGAAAGCGACGAUGAUAACGAUGAAAAAGAAGAUGCUUCGCGAACAAUUAUUCAAAAUGAUGCAGAAGUUUGUCCAAUUUGUCUCGAAGAAUGGACAAAUUCUGGUCAACAUCGUCUCGUCGCAACUGAAUGUGGUCAUCUAUUUGGACGAAUAUGUAUUGAAAAAUGGCUCCGUACUUCGUCGAAAUGUCCUCAAUGUCAAUCAUCAGUGAAAAAGAAAGAUCUGCGCCGAAUUUAUUGUCGAGCACUUCAAGUAUUAGACACAAGUGAACGAGAUAAUGCUAUUCGAGAAAGAGACUUAGAAAAAAAAGCAAGAAAAAAACUCGCGUACGAAAAAGCGGAAUUACAAUUAGCAUACGAUAUCAUCAAAGAUCAAUUAAAACGUUUACAAAACGAACACGAUCGAUUAUUAAAAAUGACACAAGGUUUAACUAAUCUCGGAGAAACCGCAGAAGAAUCUUCGACAGAUACAAAUGUUGCUCCACCGCCACCACCUCCAAUCAACAUGCGAUUAGAAACUGUUGUUAAAAUACCAGAAGGAAUGUGUCGUGUUCUUGCCUAUGCUCCAUCCCAUCAAUGGCUUUUUGUCACUCAACCAACAAAUAAUAGUUUAUAUCCAGGCUACGGAAUCAAAAAGAUCAGUCUGAUAGAUGGUGGUCGUGCGCCUGAAUAUACAACACUUCGUCAUACGAAACCUAUUCGUGAUAUUCAACUCCAUGGUGAUCUUCUACUAUCUUGUGCCUGGGAUAAAACAAUGCGUUUAUUCGAUUAUACAAGAAAUACAUUUAAUCUUUUAUGUGAAUGUGCAUCUCAAGUAUGGAGUUGUGCUUGGAAUCUUGAUGAUUCAAAUAUCAUUUAUGCUGGACUAAACAAUGGUCGUGUUCAAGUUUUCGACCGACGACAACUUCAAACAGGUGAAACAACAUUAUCAUCAAGUGUUGAAACAUUAAGUUUAUCCACAACAUCACCGAUUGUUAGUUUACAAUAUAUUCAACGAAGUGGCUCUUUUCAAUCUAGUGGAUUACUUGUUGGAAGUAAUGAUAAAAGUGGAUUUUAUGAACAUGUUCCCAAUAGUGAAUAUCGUUAUCAUGCUUUACCUAUCGACAAGAAUUUAUCUAGUCUUCAUUAUGAUUCCACGACAAAUCGUCUAUUAGCGUCAUUUCGUCCUCCAUCAAGUCCAGCUCGACAUGAACUUUAUGAAUUAGUUACACGACCAGUUGAAGAUUCGGAUCAAUCAUUUAUUGUUUCUCUUCAAUUAAUUCAAACAUUUAUUGGUUCAAGUGUCAAUAUUGUUUUUUCUGCAAUCAUUGCUGACGUUCAUUCUGUACCUUCAACUCCCACAUUCUUUUCAAUCCCAUCGACCGAUACUCGACCGAUUUCUUCUUCUUUGGUCAAAACAACAGCGACUCAACAAACUAAUCAAUGUCCAGUCUGUCAAACUCCAUUCGAUACUGCAGGUCUUCAUCGACCAGUGAAUGAUGCUUGUGGACAUACAACAUGUUUUCAAUGUUUUAAAGCCAUUAUGAUACAAGCGACUGGAUGUACAUUGUGUCAACGAGAAGAAGAUUUAAAUUCACAAAAGUCAGAUCAAUCUCCAUCCAAAAAAUUUUCAACUGGUGAUCAGUCAAAUAAAGUCAAUCAUUUUGAAGAUGCGUUUUUUGACGAUUGGUCACUCGAUCAAUCAUCUUGUUCUUCUUCGUCUAGAACUAAAUCACUGAAAACGAUUAAAACAUUCGAUGACAAUGAUUUUCAAACAUUUGAAAGUAUAACAUCGGUGAAUGACGAUGAACAAGAACCGGAUAAAGUCACCUGGCUAUCUGCAGAUGUUCACGAUGAUGGACCAGAAUAUCAAGAUAAACAAUUCAGUCAUACAAAAAGAAUGCUAGAACGUUUUCACGCUCUGUUUGGUCUUCGAAAAUUCCGAUCGAAUCAACAGGAAGCUGUUAAUUGUGCGUUGGAAAGACGUUUUCAUCUUUUCGUUCUUAUGCCAACAGGUGGUGGUAAAUCAUUAUGCUAUCAAUUACCAGCUGUACUUGACCAUGGUAUAACGUUUGUUGUGUCUCCACUUCGUUCGUUAAUUCUUGAUCAAACACAAAAGCUGUCUUCAUUGGGUAUUCCAAGUGCAGCAUUGACUGGCGAUCGAACAUCAGCUGAAGUAGCCGCGAUCUUUGCAAAAUGUUAUGCUCCACAACCAAAACUAAAACUUGUUUAUAUAACUCCUGAAAAGAUCGGCCACAGUGAUCAAUUGAAUAAAUUAUUUACUCAUCUUUAUACGAACAACAACUUGGCACGAUUUGUCAUCGACGAAGCACAUUGUAUCUCAGAUUGGGGUCAUGACUUUCGUCCUGAUUAUGUUAAAAUCGGCACACUUCGUGAACGAUAUCCAAAUGUUCCUUUCACAUUAUUAACUGCGACGGCUACUCCUCGCGUUCAACGUGACAUGCUCCAGCAGAUGAAAAUAGAACGACACUUAUCAAAGUUGUUCAUUCAAUCGUUUAAUCGUUCCAAUCUUGUUUACAAGUGUUUCCCAAAAGGCAAAACUGAUGGAGCAUUGGCUCGGACAGUUCAACUAUGUUUGAGUGAACAAUUUGUUGGUUUAUGCGGAAUUGUUUAUUGCUUUUCGCGUGCAGAAUGUGAGAGAAGUGCGCAAUAUCUGGCCGAACAUGGAGUGACAGCACAAGCUUAUCAUGCUGGUUUGGAAGAUCAAGAACGAGCUGAUGUUCAAACUCGAUGGGCUAAUGAUGAAUACCAAGUGAUCUGUGCUACGAUUGCUUUUGGAAUGGGAAUCGAUAAACCAAAUGUUCGUUUUGUCAUUCACUUGUCGAUGCCGAAGUCAAUUGAAGGUUAUUAUCAAGAAUCGGGUCGAGCAGGACGUGAUGGUGAACAAGCGUAUUGUUAUCUUUUCUAUAGUUACCAAGAUUUAGUGAAAACAAAGCGUCUAAUCAUGACUGAACAAUCACCAAAUGCAACACGGGACGCACAAAAAACACGCAUGGACAAUCUGCAUAGCGUCUAUGCGUAUUGUAUAAACGAUGUUGAUUGUCGUCGAACACUGCUACUCGAAUAUUUUGGUGAACGCUAUCUGGCGAGUCAAUCCAAGCUAGUUGAUUUUACUCAAUUAUCCAAACAAAUUCUUGCAUUAGUUGAUCAACUCACACAACAUAUGAGAUCAGCCACAAUUAAUUACAUUAUUGAUAUUUUGAAAGGAAGUAAACAAAGAGCUAUCAAAGAUGCAGGACAUGAUCAAUUAGAACAAUAUAAUGUUGCUUCAGAAGUGACAAAAACAAAUUUAGAACGUCUUUUAUCCAAACUAAUUCUCGAAGGUUAUCUCCAUCAAGAUAUAACUGUUAAUGAUACAUAUGGUACAGCUAAUGCAUAUAUUCGUCUUGGAAAAAAUACAAUAUUUUCUGAUCCAAUUACUUUAUCAGUUUGUGUGAAAAAAGAAAAUCCAAAUGUGACAACAACUGCAUCAACAAAUUCUACACAUAAUCGUCUUGUCGAUAGUUGUUUAGCCAAAUUGAAAGAUGAAUUAAAAUCUAUAUCAUCAGAAUAUAAUAUCAAAUAUUCGACAAUUCUAAGUGAAAAAGCUUUGAAACAAAUGGCAACAGUAAUGCCACGAACAAAAGAAGACAUGUUAAGAAAAACAGUCGAGAUGACAACAAUCAAAUAUGACCUGUACAAACUAGAACGAUUAUUGUCAAUUACUUGUUUAUUUGGAGCAAAAUUAGAUGAAGAAAAACAAGGUGAUUCGCUGAAUUCUAGUCUCAAACGAAAACAUGAAGCAAUAAGUACACCUACAACGAGCACUUAUUUUCAAGAUAAAUCAAAUAGCAUGGAAAAGAAAUCCAUCAUCCAAUCAAUGGCUGAAGAAUUCGAUGGACCAAAAAGAUUAAAAACUGCAUUAGAUUUUCACAAAAACUUAAACCAUGUGCUGAAUGGUCAACCUAUCGAUGAAGUUACUCAUACAAAUGGUCCUGGUCAGCUCAUUGUCUGUCAAACUCCAUUCGAUACUGCAGGUGUUCAUCGUCCAGUUAAUGAUGCUUGUGGACAUACAACAUGUUUUCAAUGUUUUAAAGCUGUGAUGAUUAAAGGUACUGGUUGUAGUUUAUGUCAAAAAGAAGAAGAAGAUUUAAAUCCACUUCUUACCAAUUCAUCAUCAGAUUCCUUUUCUAGUAAUAAUCAAUCGAACCCUAUAAACCAUUUUGAAGAUGCUUUUUUUGAUGACUGGUCACUUGAUCAAUCUACACCAUCUUUUUCAAAUAAAUCACAAUUAAAAUCAAUAAAAUCAUUUGAUAUUAAUUAUGAUGAUGAUGACAAUGAUUUUCAAACAUUGGAUAAUAUUACAUCGACGAAUGAAGAUAAUGAUGAUGAAGAAUCUGAUCAAGUAACAUGGAUUUCAGCAGAUGUUCAUGAUGAUGGACCAGAAUAUCGAGAUAAACAAUUUAAUCAUACAAAAACAAUGUUAGAACGUUUUCAUGCUUUAUUUGGUUUAAGAAAAUUUCGAUCGAAUCAACAAGAAGCUGUCAAUUGUGCAUUAGAAAGACGUUUUCAUGUUUUUGUUCUUAUGCCAACUGGUGGUGGUAAAUCUCUAUGUUAUCAAUUACCAGCUGUUCUUGAUCAUGGUGUCACAUUUGUUGUAUCUCCACUACGUUCAUUAAUUCUUGAUCAAACACAAAAACUUUCAUCACUCGGAAUUCCAUCUGCAUCAUUAACCGGUGAUCGAACUCCAGCUGAAGUUUCAGCUAUCUAUGCUCAAUGUUAUGCUCCUGAACCUAAAUUAAAACUUGUUUAUGUUACACCAGAAAAAAUUGGUCAAAGUGAACAAUUGAAUAAAUUAUUUGCUCAUCUUUAUAUGAAAAAUAAUUUAGCACGAUUCGUUAUUGAUGAAGCACAUUGUAUUUCAGAUUGGGGUCAUGAUUUUCGUCCUGAUUAUGUCAAAAUUGGUACAUUACGUCAACGAUAUCCAAAUGUUCCGUUCACUUUAUUAACUGCAACGGCUACUCCUCGUGUUCAAUGUGAUAUGCUUCAUCAAAUGAAAAUUGAACGACAUUUAUCAAAAUUAUUUAUUCAAUCAUUUAAUCGUUCAAAUCUUGUUUAUAAAUGUCUUCCAAAAGGUAAAACUGAUGCAGCAUUGGCUCGUACAGUACAAUUAUGUUUAAGUGAGCAAUUUGUUGGUUUAUGUGGAAUUCUUUAUUGUUUUUCACGUGCUGAAUGUGAAAAAAGUGCACAAUAUCUAUCAAAUCAUGGAGUCACAGCACAAGCUUAUCAUGCUGGUCUCAAUGAUCAAGAUAGAGCAGAUGUUCAAACACAAUGGGCAAAUGAUGAAUAUCAAGUGAUUUGUGCAACAAUUGCUUUUGGAAUGGGAAUUGAUAAACCAAAUGUUCGAUUUGUUAUUCAUUUAUCAAUGCCAAAAUCAAUUGAAGGAUAUUAUCAAGAAUCUGGUCGAGCAGGACGUGAUGGUGAACAAGCAUAUUGUUAUCUGUUUUAUAGUUAUCAAGAUUUAGUGAAAACAAAGCGUUUAAUCAUGACUGAACAAUCACCUAGUGCAACACGUGAUGCACAAAAAGUUCGAUUAGAUAAUCUAAAUCGUGUUUAUGCUUAUUGUUUGAAUGAUGUUGAUUGUCGUCGAACAUUAUUACUUGAAUAUUUUGGUGAACGAUAUCUUUCAAGUCAAUGUAAAAAACAUGUUAAAACACGAUGUGAUAAUUGUUGUAAUGUUGCUCAAACAAAACUAGUUGAUUUUACUCAAUUAUCCAAACAAAUUCUUGCAUUAGUUGAUCAACUCACACAACAUAUGAGAUCAGCCACAAUUAAUUAUAUUAUUGAUAUUUUGAAAGGAAGUAAACAAAGAGCUAUCAAAGAUGCAGGACAUGAUCAAUUAGAACAAUAUAAUGUUGCUUCAGAAGUGACAAAAACAAAUUUAGAACGUCUUUUAUCCAAACUAAUUCUCGAAGGUUAUCUCCAUCAAGAUAUAACUNAACCUAUCGAUGAAGUUACUCAUACAAAUGGUCCUGGUCAGCUCAUUGAUAAUGCACAAACAAAUGAUUCAUCUGUUCGUCGAAAAUCUUCUUCAAUCAACGCCUUCUUUGGAUUAAUUAUCGUCAUCAUCGUUAUCGUCGUCUACUUAUGGAUCAAUGAAUUAACAUUGCGUCAAAUGGUACCAUUUAUUGCUAUUACGGCCUUCUCCUCGUUGUUUAAAACAGCAGUAUCCGAAUUCCGUGAAUUACUAACUCAUGAGGAAUUCAUGAAUCCUAUUUUUCUCAAACAAUUACCUUCAUUCAUAGGAUCUUUAACAACCUUACUCUUAAACGCAAUCAAGCUAUUUAACAAAUCUGCUAAAUCCAAGGAACUCAAAGAAUCCAAGGAACCCAAAGAACCCAAGGAAGUCAAGGAACCCAAAGAACCCAAAGAACCCAAAGAAUCCACGGAACUCAAAGAAUCCAAGGAACCCGAAGAACCCAAUGAAGUCAAAGAAUCCAAGGAAUCCAAGGAACCCAAGGAAGAAGUCAAGGAACCCAAGGAACCGAAAGAAUCCAAGGAACUCAAAGAAUCCAAGGAACCCAAAGAACCCAAGGAACGCAAGGAACCCAACGAAUCCAAGGAACUCAAAGAAUCCAAGGAACCCAAAGAACCCAAGGAAGUCAAGGAACCCAAGGAACCCAAAGAACCCAAGGAAGUCAAGGAACUCAAGGAACCCCAAGAACCCAAGGAAGUCAAGGAACCCAAAGAAUCCAACGAAUCCAAGGAACUCAAAGAAUCCAAGGAACCCAAAGAACCCAAGGAAGUCAAGGAACCCAAAGAACCCAAAGAAGUCAAGGAACCCAAAGAACCCAAGGAAUCCAAGGAACCCAAGGAAGUCAAAGAAUCCAAGGAACCCAAUGAAGUCAAAGAAUCCAAGGAACCCAAAGAACCGAAGGAAGUCGAGAAACCCAGGGAAGCAUCUUGA